AUGGCUCAGCUCGCCAAGAACUUGCUGCGUUCAUAUCCUUGGGCAACAACGCCCUUUAUCGUGAGUGCGCCGAUGCGCGUCAUGGCCGGUCCUGCAUUAGCUCUUGCUACAUCACGCGCUGGUGGACUUGGCUUUCUUGGACCAACGGUCAAGACGUCAGAUAUGGUCGCUGAUCUAGAGAAAGUCUCGGCAACACUGAAGAGCUCUGCUACGUCCUCGAAUUCACCAUCGGGUUUCAAUGAUAUUUCGUCCAAGACAGCUUCACUCCCUAUCGGAGUAGGCUUUCAGCUAUGGAGCGACGACUUGGAGGCGGCGGCUUCGGCCAUUCACAAAUUCAAACCCUGCGCUGCCUGGCUUUUCGCCCCGCGUGAGGGGCAACGAGAUAUUGAGGAAUGGUCACGCAGAAUCCGCAGCGCUUCACCAGGCACACAAAUAUGGGUACAAAUUGGAACCAUUACAGAAGCAAAACUACUAGCUCAGAGUUCCGAGCAACCAGACGUGAUUGUUGUGCAAGGGUCAGAGGCUGGCGGCCAUGGUCGAGCCAAAGAUGGCCUUGGUCUCAUGGCUCUUUUCCCAGAAGUUGCCGAUGUAUUGGCCGACACUCAUAUACCUCUGUUUGCAGCAGGGGGGAUUGCUGAUGGACGAGGAGCUGCAGCCGCUCUAUGUCUCGGAGCCUCGGGGAUUGUGAUGGGAACGCGUUUCCUUGCUUCAACAGAGGCGCGUAUUAGCAAAGGUUAUCAGGACGAGAUUGUGCGUGCCAGCAAUGGAGCAAUAACCACGACACGCACUUUGCUCUAUAAUCAUCUCCGAGGUACAACGGGCUGGCCGGAGCCAUACAGUCCUCGCACGAUUAUAAACCGAUCUUUUAUUGAACAUCAAGCCGGACGGUCGUUUGACGAAUUAAAGGAACUCCAUGACCAAGCUACUAAGACUGGUGAUAAUGGCUGGGGACCAGAAGGAAGGCUAGCCACGUAUGCAGGCGCUUCCAUUGGGUUGAUCCACGAGGUGAAAGAUGCUGCCUCGAUUGUCCACGAUAUGUCUGGUCGAGCACCAUUCAUCGUCCCCGCGCUGAAGAAGCACACGGCUACAGUCAUCAUGGCUCAUGGCCUUGGAGACAGUGGCGCUGGUUGGGUGGGCCUUGCACAAAACUGGCGACGCCGAAACAAGUUCGAUGAGAUUUCGUUCAUCUUCCCGAAUGCACCGUCAAUCCCGAUUACAGUUAAUAUGGGCAUGAGCAUGCCAGGUUGGUAUGAUAUUGCUCACCUUGGUCGUGACAUGGGAUUCGAAGAACUUCAACAAAACCAAGAUGAACGCGGCAUCUUGAAAUCCCGCGAUUACUUCAACACCCUAAUCAAGGAAGAAAUCGACAAGGGAAUCGACCCAUCUCGUAUCGUCCUCGGUGGCUUUUCUCAGGGUGGAGCAAUUUCUCUGUUUACUGGAGUUACAAACACACGCAAACUUGGGGGUGUCUUUGGGAUGUCGUCCUACCUUCUCCUCGCUGAGAGGCUCAAGGAAUUUUGCCCGGAAGGCGAACUUCCAAACCAAAAGACUCCUUUCUUCCUUGCCCACGGUAUGGUUGAUGAUGUGGUCAAGUUUGAAUUCGGCGACAUGACUCAGAAACAUCUCAAGAGCUUGGGCUUCGACGUUGAAUUCCACAGUUAUCCUGAUCUCCCUCAUUCUGCCGAACCAGCGGAGAUUGAAGACCUUGAAAACUUUAUCUCAAAGGUCCUCCCACCUCAGUCAGAAGCAGGCGCAGCAGGUCUCUGA